CCAUAAUGUUGUGAAGGAGAAUACAAAGAACACUCAAAAGAAAGUCAAUUCUGAUAAGCGAUUUCAAUUCUUACUCGUGAUUGAAGAAAUAGAAAUGGAAGCAGAAAAGACUGUUUAUAAAGUUCAUGUGUUAUUAUUUCCAUCGUUUGGACAUGGCCAUAUCAAUCCAAUGAUUCAACUCUCCAAGCUUUUGGCAUUCAAAGGCCUGAAAGUCACCAUCGCUGCAUUACUCUCCACCGUUAAUUCAGUCGCAGAAGAAACUGAAACCGAAACCGAUUCAUCCAUUAAAUUUGUAUCGAUUUUCGAUGACUGCGAUCCUGAAAACGGUCUUAAAGGUCCUGGUGGUUUCAAGGGUUUUAGCACUAGGUUUGAAUCGAUGGCUAUGAAGAACUUGACUAAACUUAUCACACAAUUUCAGGAAUCUAAUGAUCCUGUUAAGUGUUUGUUUUAUGAUGCUAAUUUACCACAAGCCUUAGAUGUCGCAAAAGAGAUAGGAAUAUUUACGGCUGCGUUCUUCACUCAGUCGUGUGCAGCCAUCGCUAGUUACUACCCUAUGCAAUAUGAUGUGAAGCUGUCAUUACCCGCAUUCUCAAUGCCUGGUUUGCCGGAGAUUCGCCUCCCGAAUUUGCCUUCGUUUGGUUCAAGCACGACAAAUCAUUCGCCAAUCUUAAUCCACAUAUUUAAGCAAUUCAGCAAUCUUGGAAAUGCUGAUUGGGUUCUCUUCAAUUCAUUUGAUAAGUUGGAAGAACAGGUGCUGAAAUGGAUGUUGAAUAUCUGGCCUGUCCGGGCUAUUGGUCCAUCGAUCUCAUCUGCCGAUCUAUACAAAAGCAGCAGCAGCGGCGAAGCUAAAGAAGAUUGCAUUAAGUGGCUCGACACUAGAGAACCUGCCUCGGUUGUGUAUGUAGCGUUUGGAAGCAACGCAAGUUUGAGUUCGAACCAAAUGAUCGAAAUGGCAAACGCCCUAAAACAAUGCAACAAAAGUUUCCUAUGGGUUGUCAAGUCAAACGAAGAAACCGGGCUUCCUCUAGAUUUCAUAAACAAGACUUCGCAAAAGGGUAUGGUGGUAAAUUGGUGUCCACAGUUGAAAGUGUUGGCACAUAAAGCGGUAGGGUGUUUCGUAACGCAUUGUGGAUGGAAUUCGACUCUAGAAGCGAUAACGUUUGGGAUUCCUAUGGUGGCAAUGCCACAAUUUUUGGAUCAAAUUACAAACGCAUAUUUUGUCGAGGAAAAGUGGGGUAUCGGAGUUCAACCCUUAGUUGACGAUAACCACGUUUCGUCUUGUAAUGAAAUUGUUCGAUGUAUUAGAGAAGUUUCGAGCGGAGAGAUUCAUAGGAACGCAUUAGCGUGGAAGGCAUCCGCGAAGGAGGCGUUCCAGGAAAACGGGAGUUCAAACAAGCAUAUGGAUGAUAUUAUACGUUUCAUUUCAUGAAUUUUCAUUUUUAAGUUAAAGUUUGUAUUAAUAAAUUGAUUAAGA